AGGACCCUGGGUUGGUGGGGACAGAAGGAGUGGGGGGGCUCCUUCCUCCCGGACAGCUGGGCCUGCUGGGGGUGCGGGGCGCCUUGUGUGUAGCCCCCAGAACAGAUUUCUGAUCUCUAACCCAGCUGUGAUCAUUGUAAUGGAGCAAGAGCAAACACUGUUGGUCUCAGCUUCUAAUGGCUUCAUGGAGAGGGAGAGUUUGAAAAGCCAUUUUACAGGAGAUGAAAAUAAGAAUAAUUUGGAAACUGUUCAACACAAUAACUUUAAGGCAGAUACACUUAAAGAGAAAGCCUCAAAAUGGUCUAAAAGAGAUGGCUCACAAAAUUAUAAGCAUGUGGAUAUAAAAGAAAUGCCAUUGACAUGGUCCCAAGGAGAUGAGAUUUGGUGUGAUGAUUCCUAUGAGAAUGAUGGCAAGUCAGAGAAUCAGGGAAAUUCUACAGGAAAAGAGGAGGAAAAAUCCAGGCCCUGGGGAUGGGACCCAGGAGAACAUGCCAAUGCCUCUGUCCAACAGAAUUCAUCCUUCGGAGAGAAACCCUACAAAUGUUCUGAAUGUUGGAAAAGCUUCAAUAAUAGUUCUCAUUUGCGUACUCACCAGAGGACCCACUCAGGAGAAAAACCUUAUAAAUGCUCUGAAUGUGGGAAAUGCUUUAGUAACAGCUCUCACUUGAUUCAGCAUCUGAGAACACACACAGGAGAGAAGCCCUACCAGUGUGGUGAAUGUGGGAAAAGCUUCAGCAAUACCUCUCAUCUUAUUAUCCAUGAGAGAACUCACACAGGAGAGAAACCCUAUAAAUGUCCUGACUGUGGGAAGAGUUUCAGUAGCAGCUCUCACCUUAUUCAGCAUCACAGAUCCCAUACAGGUGAAAAACCAUAUGAAUGUCCUGUUUGUGGGAAAUGCUUCAGCCACAGUUAUGUCCUAAUAGAACAUCAGAGGACUCACACUGGAGAAAAACCUUAUAAGUGCCCCGAUUGUGGGAAGAGUUUUAGUCAGAGUUCUAGCCUGAUUCGCCACCAGCGGACACACACAGGUGAGAAGCCCUACAAAUGUCUUGAGUGUGGGAAAAGCUUUGGUUGUAAUUCUACUCUGAUAAAGCAUCAGAGAAUACAUACAGGAGAAAAACCCUAUCAGUGUACAGAAUGUGGGAAGAAUUUCAGUCGAAGUUCAAACCUUAUUACACACCGGAAAACGCACACAGGAGAGAAAUCCUCUGAAAGUUCUGAAUAUGAAGAAAGUUUGAGUCAGAACUGCAAUGUGAUAGAAGAAUGCAGAAUCCAGCUAGGAGAGAAACCAUAUAAAUGUUGUGAAUGUGGAAAGAGUUUUGGCCUCAGCUCUCAUCUCAUUAGACAUCAGAGAACACACACAGGAGAAAAACCUUACAGAUGUUCCGAGUGUUGGAAAACUUUUAGUCAGAGUUCCACCCUGGUGAUUCACCAAAGGACACACACAGGAGAAAAACCUUAUAAAUGUCCUGAGUGUGGUGAGUGCUUCAGUCAAAGCUUUAACCUUAUCAGGCACCAGAGGACCCACAUGGGAGACAAACCUUACAAAUGCACUGACUGUGAGAAAUGCUUCAGCAGAAGUGCCUACCUCAAUCAGCAUAGGAAAAUUCACGUAGAAAAGUCUUUUGAGUCUCCUGAAGUUGAAGAUUUUCCUCAUGAAUGGACUUGGGAAAACUGUUCAGGAGGAAUGGCCCUCAUCUCUUCAUUUUCAGUCCCAAAUUCAUCUUCCUCUUGAGUCCCAAAGCCUGUUUUGUUUUUUCUUUUCUUGUCAGACCAUUACAAUUAGAGUGUUCUCUGAUCAUGGUG